CGCGCGCGAUCGCAAGGCCUACACUGUCCUUACGCGCAGGCAUCCAGAAUAAAAGAAGCGGCUGUGUGUCGUCAUUCGGAGCGACUUGUUAGUAUACGUGCAUGAUCGUCGCGGUCUAGCUAUUGAUUCGAUCCGAAAACUGUAGAGCCCCGUUAUUCGACAAGUGGCAAUUGGCGGGAAGGAAAUUCGCAGCGUGAAUCUCGCGGAAUUGUCGAGCGGAGGAGCAGAACGAUGCGCUAGAGUACGACAAGCGUCGACGGAAGGUGGAAGACGCGAAAAAAAAAGAAAAAAAUUGAUAUUGUGCAGUUAUGUGGAACGCAUGGAAGGAGCAGUGAGACAACGGUGCUAUUAUGCGGCAGACGUGACAGCGGAGCCUUUCUACCCCUCGUCGAAGCGAACACGUCGGAAAAGGCGUAGCAAUUAACAUCCCAGCGCCGAGGUAAGAUGCAAGGCUCGCUGGCCGGGUACGAGGAGCCGCUGUUCAGCUCGGUGUUUCUGCACUCGACGGACACCGGCGGCGACAGCGGCAGCGACACCAGCUCGAUCACAGGCAUCGGCGCCACUCUAAACGCCAGCACAGCAUGGCCGUCGUUCUACAACACAACCAACAACUCCAGCUUAACCGAUAGCGAGCUGGACGCGCAGAAUGCCAACAAGUUCAUCCUGCCGCUUUGGCGACAGAUCAUCUGGUCAGUUCUGUUCGCCAGCAUGAUCGUCGUGGCGACGGUCGGCAACUUGCUCGUCGUCUACAUCGUGCUGGCGCACAAGCGCAUGAGAACCGUGACCAACUACUUCCUGGUAAAUCUCAGCAUCGCCGAUGCCCUAGUGUCGACACUCAACGUCACCUUCAAUUACACCUACAUGCUGAACAGUACCUGGCCCUUCGGCAAUCUUUACUGCAAGAUCAGCCAGUCCAUUGCCGUGAUCACUAUCUGCGCCAGUGUAUUCACUCUGAUGGCCAUAUCCAUCGACCGGUACAUGGCAAUCGUUAAUCCAUUAAGACCACGGAUGGGCAAGCGAGCAACUCUGUGCAUCGCACUGGCUAUUUGGGCUAUGAGUGGGAUACUGUCAUUGCCCAUGUUACUGUUCUUCACCACUUACACUCAACACUUCCCCAAUGGCGAGUUUCGCGUCAUCUGCUAUGCUGGCUGGCCCGACAUGGACGGCACUGGACAUAGCUACGAUGAGUAUCUGUACAACGUGAUUUUCAUGAUAAUGACGUAUUUCUUGCCCAUCGGCGCGAUGUCGUUCACGUACUUGCGCAUCGGAUUGGAGCUUUGGGGCUCGCAGAGCAUCGGCGAGGCGACCCAGCGACAGCUUGACAACAUACGCAAUAAACGAAGGGUGGUGAAGAUGAUGAUGGUGGUGGUGGUGAUAUUCGCGGUGUGCUGGUUGCCGUUCCACAUAUACUUCCUGGUGACCUCGUACCUGCCCGAGAUAACGGACGAACCGUAUAUUCAGGAGCUGUAUCUUGCCAUUUAUUGGCUGGCCAUGUCCAACAGCAUGUACAAUCCGAUCAUCUAUUGCUGGAUGAAUUCAAGGUUUAGACGAGGAUUCGCGCAGUUCUUCAGGUGCUGCCCUUGCGUGCGCUAUGGACCCGAGCCAGCACUUUCACGCUCCGAGGCUGUUACUUCGAGAUACAGCUGUGCUGGCAGUCCCGAGAUUCGCAACAGAAUAUCAAGAAAUGGAACGAUGAGAUUGCCAUUGCAUUUGCAAGCGACGACUGCCGAGACGACGUCGACACUGGCAACGUCGCGGCGCAACAGUUACGCUGACAACUUGGCGGUCAGUUUCGAGAACGGAAAUUCACGACGAGGCCGCGAUAAUUUCAACUUCAAACCGCGACUGCCCUACACCACUCGAUUCCAAAAACUCGACUCACAGCCGAGCUCCUGACCUACGCCUCUACAACAUCAACAGCAGCAGCAACAGCAGCAACAGCAGCGCAACGACGACGGCGAGCCCGUUAAGCGGGUUUGCAUCAACACCUGGCUGUGAAUCCAAUCUGUAUAAGAAAUAGCCUUGAACGAACCGCGCCUUUGUGAGUUCUUCCUCGCUGUUUUUCGGAAAACUAAAGCUUUUUUAUCCGGAUCGUUGAAUUAAAUUUCGUUUGCUAUUUCUUGACAUUAUGCGGUAUCAUCCAAUUGCAGGUAGUCAAAUUCAAGCGAAAUUAAGCUACUGUACAUAAAAAAACAAUCUCUACUAGCGACUAAGACGUGAUGAUUAUAUAUCGACUAUGAACCAAAAAUUUUUUGCUGAGUCACAACAUUUUCAUUAAUUACCAGCUCCUGCAGUAAAACAGUAAACAAGAAGAAUGAUAAGUGUAUUAGCUUGGGAAAUUUUUUUUUUAUUGUAAAUCAAUAAGCUGAACUACAUGUUAUGUAAAUACCCGCAUAUGUAGUUUUCUAUCCAAGCACCACACUUACUCAUCUGCAUCAAAUAAUUAUUAGUACAAUAAAGUUAGAGUCGUUGUACAUAAAACAAUCUACAUAACGAUAAAAAUCUACAUAACGAUUCGUGAAAAGAAAACGUUUAUUCGCGUUACUUUUCUUAUGUAUUAUGUAAAAAGAAAUAUAUUUGUAAUGAUUAGACUGUUAUAAGCAACUUUUGUUACGAAGAUAUCUAUAAUCCUAUAUAGAUACGACAUAAGCUAUCGUUUAAAUUUUUCACUAUUCUGCUAUUACAGAAGUUACUUGCGACUAAGAGCAAACUGUGUUGUCCGUGUAGCAUAAAUUUCUAAAAGAAAAUAUUAAUAAAUAAAAGCCACUGCUACUAAUAUUAACUAAACGCAAUUUUCAAAUAAACGUUCAAUGAUCAAACUCAAUUGAUGGACGAUAAGACAACUAUUUUAAUCUAGUCAUAUAUCUUGAAAAGCGUUCCCAGGUGAAAACAAAACAAAAAUAAUUUUGUCACCUUUUUUACGUUGAUGAUUAAUCUAAAUUAUAGCGGAUGCCUAUUUGUAAUUUUUCCACUAUGUAUUGUUGAAGUUCGAUUAUAUAAGGAAAUUAACGGAAACGCAGUUUAUUAAAUUAUUCUUCUUGGAGAAGGAAUUGUAAACCCUUGCCAUGAGAUUUUAUUGUUAGCAUUUUUUACUUAUAUCCAUGUAUAAUUUAUUAUAAAUUAUUGACGAGUGUACAAGGUAUUUUUAACACUUCUUUAUAUUUUUUUAAACGAGUAUACUCCUGGAUAAUGUAAAGUACUAUACGAAAGAUUUUCAUUCGAAAACCUAUGUUACUUUAAAAUAAAUUUUUCAGGAAAACAACUCACAUUGACAAGAAAAAUUAUCUAAUACUUAAUAAUAAUUAUUUUGAGUAGUAUCUUAGCAAAAAAUUUAAGCAGACGAAAGAUUUCAUUUUGCUUUAAAAAAAUUGUUACGUAAAAAAUAAUUGCAUUUUCGAUUUUUGAUGGCAUAAAUAAUUAAAGUUGUAGCGUGCCAAAAACAUCGAAUACCUCUGGAUUGUAAUAAACCUGGACAAAUCUCAUAUCUCGAACAGAAGAAAUCGUGUUUGAUGGUGCUGAAUAGAAAUAUAUGAUACUACAUGUUACAAGUGAGAUAAUCAUGUUAUAUAUAAAUGCAAAUGUAUCAAGUAUAUCGAUCAAAAGAUAAAAGAAUUUUAAAAAAUAUUGAAAAUAAAAAUAUUUAUCUCGUAUAUGGAAAAAUUAAGUUACUUGGAAAAUAUAUGUAUAAUGAACAAACGAAAUGAAGAAUGUGCAAUCAUUAUAUACAGUAUAACAUUUUUUAUGGGCCUAUAACGCUGCGAUUACAAUGUAAUAUACGAUACACCGACUCUAAAAAUUAUGUUAUGAUGGACCAAUAAAAACAUUUCGUAUUCAUGCAUUCUGCAUAAGUCACGCAGCAAGGGAAUUGUAAUUGUUAUUUACGUACCGUGUACAAAAUAAUAAAUGUUGCUAAAAUGGUCUGUAGGUUUCU